CAGCGGCAGCGGCAGCGGCACCGGCACCAGCACCAGCACCCGGUUCGGCGCGGAUGAUGCGGCUGCGGCGGCUGCAGCGCCCCGAGCAAGCAGCGCGCACAGGCAGCGGGGCCCGGCCUUGGCGAGCCGCGGUGACCGGGAGUCCCUCUCGCCGGAGAGCUGAGGCGGCGGCGGCGGGGCGGCGGCCCGGCCUUGAGCGGCCCCGCCGCGGCCACCAUCCGGCCCCGCGGCUCCGGACGGGGAAGGCAGCCUGCCGGCGCCGAGGCGUCCGAGGAGAGCCCCUGGACAGCAGCCCCCCCCUGGCCCCCCAAGCGAUGGGAGGCACCUCCAGAGGAUCUCGGUUGUAGGAUGGUAGCACACAGUAGCGUAACGCCUGAGAAUGGAAUUGCGAGGGAGCUGAGAUGUCGGCUUGAGCCCUCUGUCCGGGACGCUCUGCAAGCCCGCCCCCACCCUGGUCUGGGCCCGGCCGGCGCUGUGCAAACCCCGCGGGACACCCACUUCCACACCUUUCGCUCCCAGGAGGACUUUGGCACCAUCUUCCGCACCAGUGCCUUGCUGGACCAGUGUGGCUUUUAUUGGGGUCCGUUGUCCGUUGGCGCCGCCCACGAGAAACUGAAAGGUGAGCUGGUGGGGACGUUCCUCAUCCGUGACAGCCGGCAAAAGAAUUGCUUCUUCACCGUUAGCGUUAAGACGGCCACCGGGCCAACCAGCGUGCGCAUCCUCUUCCAGGCAGGCCACUUCAGCCUGGACGGCAGCAAGGAGACCUUUGACUGCCUCUUCAAGCUGCUGGAACAUUAUGUGGACUCCCCCCGGAAGGUCCUGGUCGCUCCGCUGCACAAGGAGCGCUUGCGGUCCUUGCAGGAUCUCUGCCGCAAAAAGAUCGUGGCGGCUUUUGGGAGAGAGAAUUUGCAGCACAUCCCUCUCAACCCGGUCCUCAGGGGUUACGUGGAGUCCUUCCCCUUCAAGCUGUAAGGGGUGAGCAUUAAGCUGGGGAUGCGCUGGAGAGGAUGGGAGAAGGAGGCAGUUCCGGGUGCUGGAAGCUGGGCGUUCAGUGGGGUGCAAUCCCAGCGCGCCGGGCCAGGGAGCCAAGGCCCGUUUGCGCAUGGAGAACUGUGGGAGAAGCAGAGCCCUUGCAGCGGUGAACCGCAGGUGACACUGGGCACAUGCAUCGGUGUGGAAAGACGUGACGCAAACCCGCGUCUGGAUUUUUAUAAAUGCCCAGAAUCGAUUGUGAGCGCAUCUCAUUUCUGUAGCAGUUCCACUGUAUUUGAACACUUGACCACCAAUGUUUACACAACUGAUAAACUGUUUGCACAAACGGAGGCUCUCAGAAGCCUUGUUGGUAAUUUUCUGCUGUGCAGAGCCAUUUUUGUUACUUUAUAUCUAUUUUUUCUAAAGUUAAUAAUAAACCUUAUUGUAAAGGUUCUUUUUCUAAAAAAAAA